CAUCCAAAACUCCUACUCUACUUUAACCGCAGUGGAAAAGAAUUGAAAGUUCAUUGAUUUUUUAACCUAACCACAGUUAAUUCUAACCUAACCACAGUUAAAUAAUAGUUUAUAAAGCAAGCGGAACCAUGACGGUGUUUCAGUAAACAUCCAGAUAAAACCAAAAACACAAACAAAAAUGAUGAUACGAGCUAAUCCAACGGUCCACGUGCCUCCAUGGCCGAUAAAUGAAGAUCCAAUGGCUGAGAUAUAUUCAUCUUACUACGCUGACGAUAGUAAUGCCGGCGCCGGAGAUUAUUCUCCUUACUAUCUACGAGAAGCACUGACGGCGCUACAGCGUUACCUUCCGUCAAACGAGUUAGACGCCGAUUCCGACUCAGAGUUUCCCGGUCGUGAAUCGGAUUCUCCGGUGGACGCUUACUCAUGCGACCAUUUCCGCAUGUACGAGUUCAAGAUAAGAAGAUGCGCACGUGGAAGAUCACAUGACUGGACGGAGUGUCCGUACGCACAUCCCGGCGAGAAAGCACGCCGUCGUGAUCCAAGAAAGUUUCAUUACUCCGGCACGGCGUGUCCCGAUUUUCGCAAAGGAAAUUGUAAAAAAGGAGACGCGUGUGAGUACGCGCACGGUGUUUUCGAGUGUUGGCUUCAUCCAGCGCGUUACCGUACUCAGCCAUGCAAAGACGGUACUAGUUGUCGCCGGCGUGUUUGUUUCUUUGCACACACACCGGAACAGAUCCGUCUCAAUGUUCAACAGAGUUCACGGAGUAUUAACUCGCCGGAUUCCUACGACGGUUCUCCGUUAAGACAGUUAGCGUUGCCGUUCAUGUCUUCGCCGGUUUCUGUUUCUCCGACGGAAUCACCGACGAUGUCUCCCAAAUCUUUGGGUUCUAGUUCAGUAAACGAGAUGGUGGCUUCGUUACGUAAUUUACAGCUUGGAAAGAUGAAAUCGAUGCCACCUAAUAGAAACAAUGUUAAAAUCGGGUCACCGGGUUUCGGUUCACCUAGAGGAUCCGUUUUUCGACCCGGUUUUUGUAGUCUUCCGAAUACACCGACUCAAGUAUCGGGUUCGGGUCGGGUUGGUGUUGGAUAUUUUGAUCUUUGGGAUCAGAGUUGUGAGGAGGAGCCUAUGAUGGAGAGAGUUGAGUCUGGAAGGGAUAUAAGGGCUAAGAUGUUUGAGAAAUUGAGUAAAGAGAAUUCUCUUGGUAAUUCGGAUCCGGGUUUGGGUCAAUCGGGUGGGGCUCCGGAUGUUGGGUGGGUUUCUGAGUUGCUAAAAUGAAAUGAAUUUUUAGUUGAUUGUGUCUAUGAUUGUUGGUUAAACGCGACGUCGUUUUGGGGGUUAUUUUGUUGGUUAUGUUUCUCUUUGAUUUCAUUAUUCUAGUGUAAGUAGUAUGAGAGUGAAAUCAAAGAGAAGUGUAGUGUAAAUAUUUUAUUUACAAUUUGCAAGGUAUGAGUGAAGAAGAGUAGUGUUUGAUCUGAUCAAUCACCUUCUCGGAGAUUAAAAUAAGCCAUCCAUAACUUUUUUUGUAUAGUAAGCGGAUUACUAUUAUUAUUAUUAUUAUUAUUAUUAUUAUUAUUAUUAUUAUUAUUAUUAUUAUUAUUAUUAUUAGGUGUUUGAUGUAACCUAAUUUGUUUCUUCUUAGUAAUCUAAUUUAAGGACAAAUGUAUAACAAUGUUGAAGAAACGAGCUUCUCUUUCAUGGGAUGCAAAUUAUUUUUGUUAAUGUAUUAUUUGUGAUAUUUGUAAGAACUAAUUUGGAUUA